AUGAAACCAGAAACUAAAUGCGUCUUACGGUUCGCCAAACUAACGGAUCAAGCAUAUGCGCCGACGAAAGGUUCUGAAAAGGCGGCAGGAUUCGAUCUCAAAAGCGCAUAUGAAUGCACUGUUCCCGCACGGGGCAAACAACUAGUGAUGACUGACAUCCAGGUUCAGGUUCCGGAGGGAUGCUACGGUCGGGUAGCGCCUCGUUCCGGACUAGCAGUGAAAAACUUCAUUGAUGUCGGCGCUGGUGUCGUGGACGAAGACUACCGAGGAAAUCUCGGGGUAGUUCUUUUCAAUCACUCUGACGUUGAUUUCAAGGUUGCUCGUGGAGAUCGUAUUGCACAGUUCAUUUGCGAACGGAUCUUCUACCCGGAGUUGGAGGAGGUCGGCAGUCUAACCGAGACAGAACGUGGAAGCGGCGGGUUUGGAUCGACCGGUACACAGUGAUCUGGUUGCAGAUUGCGUUGCGAAUACAUUUAGAAUAAGAAUACUUUUACAUUUCUGUUUAUAAAACCUUGCUUGUAUGGCUUAAUUUGUUGUAAUAAAAUUACUAAACUUGUGUUUACAGAACCAUUAUGCCUAGUAUU